AUGUUUAGACAAUUAAAUAAAACAACAACAAAGAAUUUUAUGCUCUCAUUGAGAGGAACUACUGUUAGAUCUGUUUCAACUGGAGGAUAUUAUAAAAGUAAUGAAAAAUUAGAUAAAAUAAAGAAACAAGAUCUUCCUGAUGAAAGAGUUAAUGAAAUAAUCAAACAAGCUGAAAAACAAAAGACACAUGGAUUAAGUUCAAUUGAAACUGAAGGGGCAGCAAAUAUCCAUAAGGCUCAAAAAAAAAUCAAAAAGAUGGUUCCAAAAGAUGUUGAACAGUUUGAUUAA